UGGGUAGACACAAUAUGCAGUGAUGUUUAAAUGGUCAUACAUCAGGGAAUAUAUCAGUAAGUCCCAUUAUCUAGUAAGGUCAAAAGACCACUACAUUAAACUGUAAUAUGUUUUCAUGAGCAACUUAUUCAAGAUGGAAGCACUAGAGUCCAUGAAUCUACUACCAUCAAAUAACACAACAUAUAUGGGGCUUGUAAAAUAAUACAAUAUAAGAACAGAUUCUUUACAAAACAGAUACUUCAUCAGAUGCUUCAUGAACUAUGGAAACAGAUUAAAAUAUAAUAGAGAAAAAAUUAGUUCAACUGUGAUAUAUAGGAUGAAAAUAUUAACUGACUCUUUUCAAUCAGGACACAGACCUGAUACACUCACCAAAACAGUAAGUGAAUCCUAAAAAACUGGAUUAUAUAGACAUAGUAAAAAUAUAAAGCAGCAUUGUAUAAUCAUACAGUACAAGACAAUUUUCUAAACAUGCAGAGCAAAUAUUUGAACAUUUCGGUAUCAGUGCUAUACUUGAUCUGUAUUUAUUCAGAGCACAUGGUCAAAGCCAGGAAAAAUGUCUUAUUCAUUCUAUCUGAUGAUCUCAGGCCUGAGAUAAAAGCACUUUAUGACAAGGCUAGCCCAUACCAAAUGAAUCCUUCUAUCUACACACCAAACCUUGAUGAAUUUUCAAAACACAGCGUCGUGUUUAGAAAAGCCUAUGUACAGGUGGCGCUAUGUUCCCCGAGUAGGACAUCAUUUUUAACAGGGCGUCGUCCAGAUACAACAAAAGUCUAUAAUUUGAAAGAUCAUUUCAGAAAUGUCGGUGGAAAUUUUACAACCAUUCCACAGUACUUUAAAGAGCAUGGAUAUCGUUCAAUAGGAAUGGGAAAGAUUUUCCAUCAUCAAACCAAAGAUGGUGGUGACAUUCUAUCAUGGUCCCAUGACGAGCCAUACUUCACUCCAAAAAGACGCCCAUCAUUCUGGGAAACUGUGAGAACUGAAAAAUCAUGGAUUGCGAUAAAUGAAACAACAGAACUCGAACACCCGUUACACGAUGAUCGAUCAACUGAUUAUGCAAUAGGUUGCCUCAGAAGGUUAGCGCCAAAAGCUCUAUCAGGUGAAGAAAAUUUUAUUCUGUCUGUUGGAUUUGCCCUUCCACACCUGCCCUUCAUUUUCCCAAGGAGGUUCCUUAGGCAUUAUCCUAUGGACAAUAUCAGUAUGCCAACUAACCCUUAUCUCCCUAAAAACAUGCCUCCAUAUAGUAUCAAUCUUGGAUGGGAGUUUAUGGAAUAUGCUGACAUUGCAGCACUACCGGAUAAUCCUAACAGCCGAAAUAAGAAGCAAUAUAAUAAUAAAAAAAUCCAUGAAUUAAGAAGAGCUUAUUUCGCAUCAAUAAGUUAUGUUGAUUCCCUUUUUGGACAUUUAAUACAAGAACUCAAAGAUUUAGGUCUGAGUGAAAAUACCAUUGUGCUAUUUGCCGGAGAUCAUGGGUAUCAUUUAUAUGAGCAUGCAAUUUGGGGAAAACUUACAGAUUACGAGAUUGCCACCAGGGCUCCAUUAAUGAUUCACGUCCCAGGCAUUACAGAUAACCACAAAGGGUUUAUCUCGGACCACUUAGUAGAAUUCACUGACAUCUAUCCUACACUUGUUGAACUAGCUGGCCUCCAAACUAUCCCUCAAUGUCCAGAGAAUUCCACUAAUGUCAAAGUAUGCUCGGAGGGAAGUAGUCUCGUCCCAAUAAUAAACAACCCAAUGGUUAAAAGUAAACCAAGGGUAUUCAGCCAAUACUUGAGACAGUAUAGGAGACAAUAUAUAAUGGGAUACAGUAUGCGUACUAGACGCUAUCGUUACACAGAAUGGAUCGAGUUUAUAUCAAAACCAGCAAAUACACCAAUGUGGAAUUCAGUUAAAUGGAGAGAAAUGCAUGAUCAUUUAAAUGACCCCGAGGAGAACAUUAACCUUGCGAAAAAGCCAGAAUACGCAGAAAUAGUUGAGCGACUUAGCAGGCGCCUCAGAAAUGGCUGGAGAGCUGUAAGGCAACAAAGUGGCGCGAACAUAGAAAAUGAUAUUACUGUUGAUGAAAAGGAUAUAAACAAUAUUAAACAGCCUAAUAUCAAUGAUGAUGAGAGUGUUACAAAUGAUGAAAAUGAUGUAUUAGUACACACAUUGCCCAUGAUGUCACGAGAACAUGUCAUUUUAAUAGCCUUAGCAGGGGCUUUUUGCUUUUUUCAAUUCAUAUUUUUCAGAAAACUAUUCUUUAAUUACAAAAGGAAGAAUCAUCAUACCCCAUUAAAAGAUGAUUUAGAAAAAAUGUAAAUAUAAAUUUUGUUAUUAAACCAAUAAUACUUUAGGAUUUUUAUUUCACAAAUUAAUAUCUUGAUCAAAAAUUAAAAGAUUUGACACUCCUCAAAAAAUUGUAGAUUCCACUGUAGACAAAGGAAUGAGUGCCUAACAAACCUUUGCCUGAGACAACAAUGUCAAGUGUACUUACAUAAUAGAAAUAAUAAACAAAUAAACAGUAUUCAAAAAGUAUUUUACUUAUUUCAAUAAAUAUUAUCUACAGUAUUUGUCUUUAAUUUGGCAAGUGUUUUAAAUUGGCAAAUUUUGGCGAGAUAAUAAACUCCUGGGGGGUUGACUGU